CUCUCUCUCUUUCUCUCUAAGAUUAAGGUAUAUUUAGAAACAGUAUCACUUUGGAUUAUAUCCGUCAACAUCUCUACGUAUGGGUUGAAUAGAUGACCAGCAACCGGGGACAUUUACGAGUCUUUUUCAUUUCCAGUGCAAGCAAGGAUGAAGCCCAUUUCUGUGUUUGACUGCAUCUCCUUGACAGUGUAUUCCUUCACCUUCCUGCUCGGCCUCCCUGCUAACCUCCUCGUCUUCUUUGUCUAUGUGCGUAAAGCUCAAAAACACGGCGCUACACCUAAUGUGGUCUAUACUAUCAACCUGUGCUUAUCCAAUCUGGUCCUGGUUGCCUGGAUGCCUGUAAAAUCUGCCUACACCGUUCUUGAUAUAUGGAUCCUACCAGAGUUGCUCUGUCCGAUUUACAACUUCUUUGUUGUUGCCUCGCUUUAUGGCAGUGGGCUCCUGCUGACAGCUGUGGCUGUCGGACGUUAUCUGAGUAUUGCUUUUCCCAUCAGCUAUAAACUUUAUCGCCGUGCUCGUACAUCCUGCAUGAUCAGCGCUCUGUUGUGGGCUAUAGUGCUUUUGCAUCUCAGCUUAGCUUUGGUAGCAGAGAAAGGGGCCUACUUUGUGUCUCCGUUCAUGCCAAACACUUCAAAGUGCUAUGAGAACUUUACGCGGGAGCAGUUGGACGUGCUGUUGCCGCUGCGCCUUGAAAUGGCAAUACUGCUGUUUGCCGUGCCACUCCUGCUAUCUGUGUUCUGCACACUGCGCUGUCUAGCGUUGGUCAAACGUUCAUGCCUUUCGGCUGGCAGCAAACGCCGCAUCCUGGCCAUGGAACUAUCAGCGCUCAUGGUCUUUGUGGUAUGCUACACACCGUACAACCUAUCUCAUGUGGUCGGUUUCAUCACGGACAGCAACAUGCACUGGAGGCGUGAGGCCAUUGUCUCCAGCUGCUGCAACGUCUUCCUGGAGCCUGUGGUGAUGCUGAUGCUGUCGCCCUCAAGGCCGAAGGACCUGCUCUGGAAAGUGUGCUCGAAGCAGAACCCCAAACAACACCAGGUGAAGGAAACUCUGGCAACCAAGCAAAGAGCGACGACGUCAGUCAAAGGACAGUUAGAUCCUGAAUCUGUGAAAGCGACUUGAUAAUAAGAAACGAAAGCCGAGCUUCGCAAAGGUAACCGAGUUACUCUUCCUAAAUCCAACAAAGAUGGAGGAUAGGAGACGUACUGGAAUAUCAUGCACCAAAACAUAUAUGCUUAUGGAACUUUUAAAAUGUAUUAUAGAUGCACAAAACAAAGAGAGUAAGUAUUUAUGAAAGGUGCUUUUAAUAUCAAAUUAAUACCAAAGCUUAUUAGGUCUAAUUGGUGGCCUGUACAUAGUCUUAUGCACAAAACAAGUCUCUAAAAGGAUUUAAAAAACUGUGCAACAAUAAAAACAAUAACACAUUUAUACUGCUACAAAUUUAUAUUUAUAUUGCGGUACAUUGAUCCUGUAUCAUUACAGUGUGGGAAAGGGAUAAUAUCAUGAGCAAUGUAAGAUACACAGCAGAAAAUUUUAUUUUAACACAAUGUGUCACAAUUAUUAAUGCUUGCACUAUCCGUUGUUACCCAGAUGAGGACGGCUUCCAUUUACAGUCGUCUCAUGUACCUUUUCCUUGCCAGUGUCGCCUCCAGCUUUCUCAGAAGAGAUACAUUUAAAUGUACAUUUUUGUAAAGCUGCUCUGUGACAAUGUCCACUGUUAACACAAUAUAGAAAUAAAACUGAAUUGUCCUGAAAUGAAUGGAGAAAAAAAAAAAUCGGUCGAAGACAAUUCCCCCCAAAAUAAAAUAAAAUCUAGGGGUACAGCAGAACAGCCAUGAAAAAAGACUGAAAAUAUAUUCAAGACAUGAAUGAACAAGAAGUCCUGUAACUUAAACCGCCUAAAUAAAUCAACGGACUCCGGACAUUAA